CACUCGGCUACUGGAGGGAAGGACAAAGCACACAGCCCUAUGCCAGGAGAUCGAUGACCCUGAAAGCAAUUCCAGUAGUCACUGAAGCAGUGAGACCGCCGGAGUUAGUCAACAAUGUUGGACCUCCUCCUGGACAAAACUUAACCGUUCUAAUUUGUCAGCCUACUCUUCACACACGGAUAUCCGACUGGCAAACUUACCGGAGCAGAGGACUUGAACAUCAUAACAUUUCUGUAUAUCAAACUAAUGAGAUGAGAUAAUCUACAUUUGAGUUUAGAUUGUAUUUGAUUCAUAAUCUUGAGAUAUGGCAUAAAUUUAAGUCCUUGCGAACGCGAUAACGUGUCAUCAUAUGUUAGGAAUGUUUGUUUAGCAAUCGAUGUCUAAAAUUAGUUAGUUAGUCGACUAAUUCAUCUCAUUAUCAAUUGACAAUUAACCCUAUUUACGGUAAAUUGGCGUCUUACCUAUUUACCGUAAAUAGCCUCCUAUAGACCUCCCACUGUGACAGCGAGUCAGGGAAUGUUUUGGCCAACAGGGGGAUUAGACAGGUGUGGCUGAGUGGGUCUUCUAUUGUGGUGCACGCGGAGGAAAUUUAGGAUACAUUUGAUUAUGUAUUCGACAUUUGAGGUGGACUUUGAGUGAAGUUGAUUUCGAAGUGCAAUGGAAAUCAAUAUUUGGAAUAGUUGUGACUACAGCCAAAAUGUUACCUUUUUCUAUGAACUGGUUGGGAAAAAAAUCAGUGAAGAAUGGACAACUCGUGACUUUGUGGUGAUAGGACUGGGCUUGCUGGUGUGUCUCAUUGUCAUACUCUCCAACAUGAUGGUGAUGACAGCCAUCUUCAUCAACCAGCGCUUUCACUUCCCAAUCUACUUCCUCCUGGGCAACAUGGCAGCUGCAGACCUGUUUGCAGGGCUUGCCUAUGUCAACCUCAUUUUGAACACAGGGCCCUGGACGAGCAGGCUGACCAAGCCCCAGUGGUUUGUCCGUGGAGCCCUUAUUGACAUCAGUCUGACGGCCUCAGUGGCCAACCUGCUGGCCGUGGCUGUGGAGCGCCACCAGACCAUCAUCACCAUGCAGCUGCACAGCCAGAUGAGCAGGCGACGCGUGGUGCUGCUCAUCAUCUUCAUCUGGGCCGUGUCGAUCAGCAUGGGCCUGGUGCCCUCCAUGUUCUGGAACUGCGAGUGUGACCUGGCCGACUGCUCCACCAUCGCCCCCCUCUACAGCCGGCGCUUCCUGGUCUUCUGGGCCCUGCUCAACCUGCUCACCUUCUUCAUCAUGGUGGCCGUGUACGCCCGCAUCUUUCUCUACGUGAGGCGGCGAAGCCGGCGUGCCACCCAGCACACCUCCCAGCUGUGGCACAGCCAGACCAUCAUCAACCUGAUGAAGACCAUCUCCAUGGUGCUGGGAGCGUUUGUUAUCUGUUGGACGCCAGGGUUGAUGACCCUGUUACUGGAUGGGCUAAUGGGAAAAGACAGCCAUGCCCAGACCUAUGAAAAGUACUGUCUGGUCAUAGCGGAGUGUAACUCUCUGGUCAACCCAAUCAUCUAUUCUCUCCGGGACGAGGACAUGAGGAGGACGUUCAAGAGUAUACUGUGCUGGCUUUGCAGGAGGAGAUGUGACCAGCAGGGGGAGCCCUCUCCUGCGUUUGAAACAGCACACCUUGAGGAUAAUAAUGGUUGCGCCAUGAAAGCAAAGGACAGUGCCAGCUAUACUCUAACUGAUGCAGACACAGACUAUAGACAAGCCCAUCUCUGUUGAUGGAUGGAUGAUGUCAAAGAAUUAAUAUCCUAAAAGGACCUGUGGCUCAUACCAUUAACCACUGAAUGUAUUCAUCUGGCACCAUCUCUCAUGGAUGAUUGUGCAUGCCUGUAAAGUACUGUAUUUGCAUAUUUAUUUAAAAAAACACUGAUGUUUUGAGGCAUCAUUAAGUGUAGACUGAUGUAAAUAUGAAUUAACUUUAAUGUUGUAUUGCCAUACGUCAUUUAGCCAUAUCCAGCAAUCCAAGUUUGUUUGCUUGUGAAAAUCUGACUGCCAGAGUAUUACAUUAUGUAAAAUAACA